CAGGCGGCGCCACUAAUAGCAUGGAAGUUAGUAACAAUCAAGAUGGCUGCUACCAACUCGAAUCUAUCCAGUGAUAGUCCAACCAAGAAAGAAGACGAAUUCAAUGAAUUUUAUUCCGAAGUGAAAGAAAUAGAAAAAAGAGAUUCGGUAUUAACUCCCAAGCAACAAAUCGAUAGACUACUUCGGCCAGGAUCGUCGUAUUUUAAUUUAAAUCCUUUCGAAGUGUUACAAAUUGAUCCAUCCACCUCUAUAGAUGAAAUCAAGAAAAAAUAUCGACGUAUUGUAGAGAAGAAGAAGAAACUGAAGAAAGAAGGAAAAACAGAAAGUGCAAAUGUACUUGAAGAAGAAACAGAAGAGGGUUAUAGACACGCAGUUUGGGUUAUGACAAUGAAGCUGUUCGCUGAUAUGGAGAGAAGAAGACGGGAAUUAGCAACUAGAGAUGCAGAGCAACGUAAAAGAAAACGAGAAGAGGAACUAUCUGCAGAAGCACAAGCUGCAUUAGAACGUGAGUGGCAAAAAAAUUUUGAAGAAUCCCGACAAUCAAGAGUUGAUAGUUGGAAAGCUUUCCAAUCUGGUACUAGCGCCACAAAACAAAAGAAAGCAAAGAAAUUGAAGGCCUUUAGGCCUCCUAAAACGAAAGCUGAAUCACGAUAAUUAAGUAAUUGUUCCUGACGCCUGACAUAGAUUCUUUUAUUUGAUACAGCAUUUCAUAUUUCUUGCAAAAAGAAAAAAAAAGUAGUUUAAAUAGUAUGUUCUUACUAUGUGACAUUGGAUUACUGAAUUAAUUAAAACUAAUUCAAAUUAUUCUUAUUCGAGAUUCAUUAUUUAAAACUAGUUAAGAAUGCAUCAAAAUCAGGUGUCAAAGUAGAGAGUGAGUUGUAAACUGAGUGAUGAGUACAUUGAGCAGCAAAGUGUGAGAAUGAUUAGUGUGUGUAUCUUUCAUAAAUAAUUUGUAUGUUUGUUGAAUGUAUAUGUAUGUAUGAACGUUGUGAUAUAUUUACAUGGCCCGAGUAAAAUUCAAUUUUACUAUAAACUUUGAUCUAAUGAAAUUAUUGAAUUGAACACAAAGCAAUUUACAUUUAUACUAUACAUCAUUGGAUGACAAAUGUCAAUUUUAUGAGAUACGUAUAUCUCAUACUUUAUCUUUGAGAUAUUCAAUCACAAUGCUUUACAAAAAGGACAAUACUUAAGUAAUCUAAUGUCUAUUAAACAAAAUUUAAAUCAAUGCUUUUUGUUUUCUCAUACAUCUUUAUGAAUUAUUGUGAAAAGUUUGCACACAUCGAAACAAUAAUUGAGAAUUUAACAAUUACUAUUAUAUUUUAAAGUUUCGAGACAAUUUGAAAUACAAGAUGUAAAAAUAAAAAUAAAAAGUAAAGAUAUGAAUAUUUUUUUGCAGAACAUAACCUCCGUUUAUAUAUUCUUACAAAAAUUCAAUUAUAUGUAUAGAUAUAUAUCCUGUGUGUACAAAGUAUCGCUAUGUAACAUUGUGUGACAUAAUCGUUAUAUUAUUACUAUGACAAAAUAUUUCAUCUGUAUUUUAUACAUACGUAAUGCGGAUGAAAUGUGAAUGUUUCUUAUGUUCCUUGUUUUCUUUGUUCACCUUUUUUCACUUGUUUUUCCACUUUUAAAUCACAGUUUGUCCGUACAGUAACAAUCGUAUUUUGUACUGUUAAUGAUACUGAAGUAGUCAUAUUAACAUCUAAAAUUUUUAACCGCCACUUUCAACUGCGCUUGAACUCAUGUAUGGACAAAGUCACACAUAGAAAACUUUAACGUAUAGUUCGCUUGGAAGUGAGAAAAUAAAAAUGGAUUGUUGUUAUUUUAAUUUAGCAAAACACUGAGCAAGUGUUACGACAAUAUUUUACGUUUCAUCGAAGUGCUAGCUUGACGGGCCAUGUAGUCAUAACUUCCGGUUUUCAAUACGAGCUCGCGUAAUGAAUAUUACAUUGUGGUGUACACUUGGUCCAAUUGUAAUUUGUAAGAUUAUAUUGUAAGGGAAAAAAAUUUCUAAAGUGUGUAAGCUUUCUCAUUGCAGGUCACUUUGAAUAGUUUUACUGACACAUGAAAGUCAAUGUUGUAUAAGUGCCGUGAGAAAGUGUUUCUGUGUAAAAGAUAAAAACGGCAGGAUGAAAGAAUUUUUAUCGAAGAUAUUGAAGCGAAUGAGUGAGUGAGUAAUAACGCGAAAUAACAUUUACAUAUUUCUAAUUCUUUCCUUCGUUUUUUUUUUUUUUUUUUU